AGCACCCACCUAGACUUGGGUAUCAGCUACACCAACAGGUCUCCCCCGACAGGAGCCGAAUCCCGGAGUUAUGUCUGAAGAGCAAGAACCCAAGACUUCUGAAGCAGAAUACGGUACAAUGGACUUUCCGGAAUUCGAAAAUGAAGAAGAAUGGCUUUUCAAAGUUCUGGGAAUCAAGCCUAGGCCUUCCUCUGAUCUGGAUGACGCUGAUAAGCAGGAAGAUGAGCCACUGGGCCACACCGAAUUUCUUCGCCUGCAAGAUAUUCUUCAAGAGGACAAAGUCAGCAGUACCAAUGAUAGCGACACUUGCCAAGCUGGGUAUACCGAAGAAAAUGAUGAGGCCAGCCACAGUGACAGCGACAUUGACGAUAAUGUGAACGUCAUCAUUGGUGACAUUAAAGCAAACUCCUCCAUGUAUAUGGAGAUGUUCACUAAUAUGAACUCACAAGCUGACCAAGACCUGAAACUAACUGAAUCAGACAAUGCCAUGUACCCAACUGAUUAAACAAGCAAGGAUCUGAAACGUGUCACCAUCAUCAUCCUUAUUGGCCUCAUGCAUUACAAAUUAAAUGGUGAUGGGGAAAUAAAACCUUGUUUUUAAAGAAAAUGACAUCAUCUCUACACACCAACCUAAAAGCAAAUCUAUACCAAACUGCUACAACAAAUGGAGAGUACUUAAUUUGAGACCUGACUGUUUUGAACGUUGGAAAUCCUAACAUUCUAAGGUCAUCUACAAGCCAACUAGUGGAAUUUGUUGCUUUUGGAAGGUUGAAUAAAAUCUGCUUGAAACCUUUA